ACGAAUUGUCUGUUAGUGAGAUGAAGGCAUUCAGAUCACAAAUAACUGGUGUAAGGUGUACAAUAUGAGAGACUAGAGGGUAGAAGUGGGUGUCAUCUCCCGCGAUGGUUUGAAGUAGUUGGUGGUAGAGGCGAGUGUGGCGCUGCUGACACUUGUGUCUGCUUCAUUAUUUUGGUUGAUGGGGUGAGGGCCUCGUCUCAGGAUAUAUCAUUAUCCAGUGACUUAAAUGAAUGUAGGUUGUGAAUGUAGUGGAGGAAGCGGUGCAGGGUGUGUCUAGGGCCCCAGCAGGAGUGGCUAGCCCCUAGGGAGGCUGACAGGGCCAUACCAGUGCCUCCAUCAACUGACCUCUCCUCACUGCCAUUCCAGACAGCAGAUGCGAUUGAUACAAUGUUAUGGUCCUUGAAGGUGAGAUCCUCCGACAUGAUCACUCCCAGGUCUUUGACGUUGGUGUUUCGGUGUUGGCAGCAUCCUCAGGUCACACACCAGGAGACUGGGAAUCACUCCCCAGCAUGGGAGAAACAUUGGGCAUGUAGCCUUACAUCUUUUGCCUCCUGUUCACCUAGCAAUAACUACUUGCUCAAGAUGAAGAUGAAGAUGAAAUCACACCCUCAAAAACCUGUACUCGAUUUGCAAUGUAUAAAAAGUGCGCAUUCUUGAGUGUGUGAUUGAUACAUGAUUCAUUGAAAAGCAUAUACUAAAUUUAUUGUAUUACUGCAGUUGCUAACUGCUUUAUUAAUAUUUUCAAAUAUUGUGCUCUUCUUGUAUAGUAGUGUAUUUGAAAAAAUUUGAAAGCGAAGUGAGUCAGCUACAACACAAUGUAUGCAAGACAUAAAAGGUUUGGUGUGUGUGCAUUGUAUACUGUCAUGUGCGUGCACAUCAGUGUGAAAAAUAUAUAUGCACUCUAAAGCUAAAAAGUUACUGAAGCUUUGCAUAAAUUUAUAGAAAUGUGUACAGUAAGGGUGGCCUAUAGAGUGAUGUGUUGCAAUCUACUUACCAAACUUAAAUAAUACAUACAGUACGGUACAGUGCUCAGGCACAGUUAAAGAAUUUUUAGGAUAUAAGAAACUAGAUCCAGUUCUGUAUUGUACUUCCAUACUGAAACACUAUCAGAAUUGUCUAGCAGAAAAUAACGCCAAAGCAUUACUGAAUGUUUCGUGUGACAGUUAUGAGUAUCAUAUAAAAUUCUUAAUAGCUCAUGCUUGAUCAUUUUUACAUAGAACAAUAUUAGAUCAACCAGCCUCAAAGCAAUCAUGCAAGCUUCAUCGGAGAGUGUAUAUGUUUAUAUGGCUCGCCAGAGCUACAGAGGAUCGGGAAACAAUGAUCCCAGCAUGGAGGUUAAUGAUGUCAUACAUGUAACAGCAGAGUUUCUACACAACCAGAAUAUAAUCCCAGACAACCCAGAUGGAUGGCUUUUUGGCAUCAAUAUGCGUACUGGACAGGAAGGCUACUUUCCAGGUUACUUUUUGGCGCUAAGUGGGAUACAGCAAAAAGCAACACCCCAGCGCCGACGACCCCCACCCACUCCAGAUGGAAAACAACCCUACAAUGAUAAUCAGGGGUAUAUGGUUCUUGGACGAGUGUCUAUGCCUGGGGAAGAGCCUACUCCACCACUGUAUGGAGGGCGUCGUAGCUUGUCUGUGCAGCUUCCACCCUUGCAGCACCAGGUGCCUCCAGUGCAGCAGCAGCCGCCGUCGGUACAGCACCAGCCGCCGUCUGUGCAGCACCAGUUGGGCAUCACCUACUUCAUCACGCCCGUCCUCUGCUCUCACUGUAAGUACCCGUCAUGGUGACGUGUGAUGAUGUGUGAUGUCGUGUGAUGACAUGUGAUGGUGAGUUAUCUCUUAAAGUUGUGUGUUAAUGGUUCAUCACUUCUGCGGCCUGACCUCAGACCAGGACUUCUAACUUGGAAAUU